AUUAGGACGUUUUCCAACACAGAUUCUGUAAAAUGCCCAACAAAAAUCCAAAAUUGAUCGAAAUUAAAGAAAAUAUUCAUCAUGUAAUAGCUAACUUGCAACAGUUGGAGCAGCUUAUCAGUGAAGCAGGGCACGAUUUUGACCUGAAGCAUGCGGAGGAGCUGCAGCGGAGCACGACAACCCUGCUUGAUGCACUUGACCAAGUGCCGGUCCAAAAAGUUGCCGGCGUACAAAAAAGAAGACGUAGGCGACACUUAGCCAAACAGAAGAAAAAGCGAGUGAAAUGUGAGAACAUAAAAACCGAGGGUCAUCUUGGUCUGGAACGAAAGCAUUCUGUUGAACCACCUCGAAAUCCUACCGUGAAACAAGCGGAGCACAUCUCCUUGCGAAAACGACACGAUGCAGCCUCCAUUUUGGAGACCUUUGAUCUUCUGGAGAAAUUAUGCGAAUCUCGUUCAGGGAACAAGGUUGCCUUAAGCCAAAGACUGGCCCAAAUGCGUCAUCUUUGGCGGAGGGUUCUGGAGGAGAACAAGCAAGAGACCGUGAAGGAGUCAGUGAAGGCAUCCUCCAUAGGGGCCCAAUGGGAUUUGGUUUUCUUUGGCAAGUCUUCACUUGCGGAUCGAGACAGCAAGGGCAAAUUUCUGGAGACCCGUUCCACCUGGGAUUCUUACAUAAGCCUUGGCGGCAACGGUUCCUGUAUACCCCGAGGAUGGGUGCUACCUCCAAUCAAACCCACAGCCCCGUGGGCAGCCUUUAGAACUGAAACCUAACAUGUUUGGUUGUUAUUGAAUGACCUCUUGUAGCUAUUCAUUAAACUUGUGCAUGGGAUGAGUUGCUUUCCCCUUGAAAACUU